AUGAAUCAGAGUAAAGACAAUUACCGCAAAUCAUCUUUUCAUGUAGGUCACUUAGACAACCCACAACAAUCGCCUUUUGCGGCGCAACAUUCAUCUCACACUGUGCACAACAAACCAAAUUUAAAGACAGCUCGUUCUUUUGACUACCCUACGUUAUCUAUCAACUGUCCGUCGCAAUCACUCAGACCAAGCACUACCGUUCCCUCAACACCAUCAGUUCCCAGACACGUUGUCCUGCCAAGAAAGAAACAGUCUGUCAACAGGUUGAACAUAAGAUCGCAAGUAUUCAAAAGGCAGCAUUCUCAAAGAAACCUAACCCAUAGCCAAUUACUUGAUCAAGAUCAAAGUGAUAUCGAUGUUGAUGACGACAACGACGAAUUAACGUCUUUACGUACAUCAAAAGCUAGUAACUCCAUUAUUUCAAACAUCCGGAACGGUUUAUUGGACCCUAUACAAUCGCUGCGAAACUAUUACAAUGACUUCACCACCAUAGAUUGGGCAAAGGCGUAUCUUAAAGGAAAUCAGUUCAAUUAUUCGUUGGAGAAAAAUGAAUGGAUUGGAUACGGCAAAACAAAUGACUUGGACAAUUACACUGACCAUAAACAGAUAUCAUUCUUGCAGAAACAAUACUACAUACUAGGGAAAUGGAUAUUGAUUGUACUAGUUGGCUUAUUCUUUUCGCUUAUUGCAUUUAUGAUUGAUAAAGUUGAGAUAUUAUUGGUAGGGUUCAAGUAUGGGUACUGCAAGUCGAACUGGUUCGCUAGUCAGGUAUCAUGCUGUGCUGGUGUGGUCCAAAAUAACAAGACGGUUUUCCAUUCAGCUUCUGUUGAUGAUCCGCAAUGUCCCAAUUGGAUUAGCUGGUCCCAAUUAUUUCACAACUUGUACUUUUGGAAUAUAAUUCGGUGGGAUUUUAUCAUCUAUGUUGCACUAACGAUAGUUUUAGCAGUUGCUGCGUGUGUAGUCACAUUGAAAACUAAAAUCACUACUGGCAUUGAAAAAGAGGAAACAAGUACAGAACUCACAUAUAAACCACAUCUCGAAGUGCCUCAAACACAGAUCAAACAGCGUGUACUCUACACAGCCAUGGGGUCGGGUGUGCCCGAAGUCAAAAUAAUUCUCUCGGGAUUUGUUAUUCGCCGCUUUCUUGGUGUAUAUACUCUUUUCACAAAAUCGGUGGCUUUAGUGUUGGCGAUUGCCUCAGGCAUGUCAUUGGGUAAAGAGGGACCAUACGUUCAUUUGGCGACCUGUGUGGGAAACAUCAUGUCACGAUACUUUCCUUUUAUUUACACCAAUGAUUUCUUUGAAAAGCAAAUAUUGUCAGCAAGUGCAUCUGCUGGAGUAGCAUUAGCUUUUGGCUCGCCCCUAGGUGGUGUCUUGUUUAUUUUGGAAGAGAUCAAUAACCAUUUACCAAAUCAUCAAUUGUUUCAAGUGUUUUUUUGUGCCAUUAUAUCGACAUUGUUCUUAAAAGUGUGGGAUCCAUAUGGUACUGGGAAAACAGUGUUGUUUGAGCUUGAAUAUUACUCAGAUUGGAAGCCGAUUGAAUCAGUGCUUUUUGUCGUAUUGGGCGUUGCAGGCGGCGUUUUUGGCGCAUGUUUUGUCAAGUUUAUCAAUUGGUGGCCAAAAGUGUUUCGAAAACACAGCAUCAUCAAACAGAAUCCCAUUUUCGAAGUUGGUCUUAUUGCAUUAGUCACUGGCUUGGUUACCUUUUGGAACCCUUACACCAAACAAGCGUCUUCGGAAUUAGUUUUGGACCUCGCCACUUCAUGCUCGGGCCGGGAAUUGGACCGGUCAUUGUGUCCCACUACGGGUCGCGAAUACUUGCACGAGAUACGGUCACUAUCGUUUGCAUUCUUCGUCAAGAUUGCCUUAACUUUUGUCACGUUCGGAAUGAAGGUUCCCUGUGGUAUAUAUGUUCCCUCAAUGGUCGUUGGUGCUUUGUUUGGUCGGAUAUUUGCCAUGGCGAUUCAGUGGAUAAGCAUUGGGGUUGAGAACGGCGAUGAAAAUUUGAGCGGUGGGGUAAUGGCAUACAUGUUUGGGUCAUUUGCAUGUGGGCAAAACUCGUCUUCUGGAAGUUGUAUUGAUUUGGGCAUAUAUGCUAUGAUAUCUGCCGGUGCAUUUAUGGCCGGAGUGACGCGAAUGAACAUCACCAUUGUUGUCAUUAUGUUUGAAUUGACAUCGUCAUACACUUAUGUGCUACCCAUUGCUAUUGCUAUUUCUGUUGCCAAUUGGUCUGGAAGUUUGUUGGAGAAAAACUCACUUUAUGAAUCGGUGUUGAUCAAUAAUGACUACCCAUUUAUGGCAUCAGACUCAGAGCCAGUUGAUCCAAGGGUUAGAGUGAUUGAUAUUAUUGACGAUGGGCUAGCGUUUGCUCCUGAUAAGUACAACUCCGACACAAAUGACAAAGGUAAUAAUAUUUACAUCGAUUUGACUGAUCUGAAUUAUGUUUCGUUUACUGUUCUUGAGGAAAAACUUUGCAUUCUUGCCAACCACAGCUUACUAGAUGGAGGUAUCCCAAUCAUCAAGAACAGGAAAUGCAAGGGCCUCAUUUACUUUGCUGAUUUAGAAAUCUGUCUCGAUAGAAUUAAUGCGUAUUUGGAUGAAUGUGGAGUCACGCAAAGAGAGAUUGGUGAUAUCUACUGUAAAUUGCUCCACGGUCCGACAACCACAGUACACCAACCUAUAAUAGACGAGGGUAAUGAUUACUUUACAUACGGAUCUGCAGCAUCGCUUGAUGAUCCACUGGCGCUUGAUGAAUUAACCGAUCUCACGCCAUAUGUAGACAUCCACCCACUUUUCAUUAGUGAGGAAUCGCAGUUGAGUUUCGCUAGUUUAAUAUUUGAACGUAUAGGUAAUCGGGUCAUUGUGUUGUUGAAUACGGAGGAUGGCGCUUGUUGUGGAGUGUUGCACAAGAAAAUUUUGGUGGAUUAUUUACGUCGAUGUGAGAGCAAUGGCAAAUAG